AUGGACGCAGCGUCUGCCUAUUCCACAGUUUAGGAAUUACAGAUCAAACUUCACAAUCUCGAAUCAACUCUGUGAUUUUUCAGGACGGAAAACAAGCGAAGAGAUUUUAAAACGCUCUCUUUAUGGAGAGCUUUGACGCUUCCAUAUCGGUCCCAGUGAUCAGCUGUCCCUCCUCCCCAGAACCCUCCGAUGAGCUCGAAGAAGUCUACCAAGGACUGACAGUGGAGAGUAUCCACUGUGCGCUGGCGGAGCGAGAGGAUUCCGACAAGUCGCCGCCCCUGGAGCGCUCGGCGUCCUUCCCCGAUCGUACCCUGGCCAAUCACAACUUCUCUGGACGGCGCCAGCAGCGGGGCAGCAGCGAAGACAGCUUCGACGAGACCAGCACCAGCACGCUCACCCCUCCCCCGAGCAUCUCCCCUGAUCCUCCCCCUUCCAGCCCCCCGAACCCGGCGGCAGCUACGCCCACUGGCAUCACCCAGACCGAGAUGAGGAUGCCCUCGCCCGACAGGAUGUACCUGGACAUGGUCGGCGACCUGGAGGUCAUGAUGGACAUUGCUAAGAGCAUGCAUGAGUUAGCCCGCCAUACCAAAUCCCUGCUCCAUGCGGCCUACGAACGGGUGGACCUCGGCGACCCGCGUGUCCGGAAUCUGGGCAUGGCCGGGGUGCUGAAGGACCUGCGGCUGGAGAGCGCCCACUCGGUGGUGGACGGCCAGCGGGCCCAGCUGCGCUACGAGAAGGUGCUAGCGGACGUGCGGCGGCUGCGGCGGUGCCUACGCAACCUGGGCUUCUGGCGCCUGGGUGGGGCGUCGCUGUCCACGGCGGGGCCGCCUGUCCCCCCACCGGCCCCAGACACGACGUGGGGCCUGCCGCACCAUUCGUACCUAUCCCACGACAUUCCAUAGAGCCCGAACAUGACUGAUAAAGAUAUUCAAUUCAGUGACUGCAACUUCCUUACAAACUGUAAUUAAAUGUUUGCGAUAAACACAUGAGGUGCUAUCUUGUCCAUUUUUGUCUCGCCUGGAUUCUCUCUUCGUGUGAAGUUGGUCAAAAUGUCUCCGGCUUACUGUUAUUUGAGUAUCUCAAUUUUCUGUGCUAAACACCAAGCAACAUCAAAGCAGCAGAGGGCGCCCAAAUGAUAUGGGAGAUUUCUUUAAGAUGGGGUCUCAGACCUCGAUGAGAUGCAGCUUCGAUUUUUUGGGGGGCUGUAUAAUGUCAUCAUUCUUGCUCAUAUCUACUAGGCUUUUAUUACAGGCCAAAGGAGAGUCUCAAUACUCUACUGUUUAGGUUUAGUGAAAGAGGAGGUAUUUUUCAAUGAUUGAUACAAUGCGUGGGGAGAAAGACGGAAGCAGAAUUAGCCAUUCAUCGGCCGAAAAAGUCGAUCAAACCAUUCGAACCUAUUUGUGGGAUGUUUUGUACUUCAUAUGUACAUGUACAUGUAUAUGCAAAGUCAUUCACCACGGUACAGUUUGGGAACACGGCCUGAAAACAUGCAGAAACUGGCCCGAUGUAUUAAAUGGCUGCCCCCACAAACACGAAAUUGAAAAGAGGUUUCAAACUAACCUCCCCCUAACCCCGUCCGAGUGGGGCCCUCGGGCGCUUCCGACCGACCCUUACUUGCGCCCUUGCACGGGCGACAGCGGUGGGGAGAAGGUCGGCUUUCCACGCCCGAUGACCUAAAGUGUUUGCUACGAAUUGAAAAACUACCAUCUUCUUGUCAUAAAAAGGAUUUCGUUGCCGGAAUAUCCAUAACCUUUGAUCAAGGCGCCCGAGGCAAAGUGGAUAGUCGCUCAAGAGCGAGGAGCUGGCGGAGACUAGUUUACACACCAAUCCAACGCACGAAGAAAGACUACUGCAUGCGCAUGCAUAGUUAAUUUCGGGCUUGCAUGCAGUUCGUCGUGUGGUCUUGACUAUCCACUUCGCCGCGGGCGCCUUGAUCAAAGGCUAGAAUAUCCAUGGCACGCGUCCUCUAAUUUAUUACACACGCAUAACUGAUGCAUACUAAAGGUGUGCUUGUUUCGGAUUCUUUCUGGAAAUUUGUCUAGUCAUGUGCACUGUCUCGUUUUACGUAGUCUUGGUUGUUGCUGAAUUCAAGGAGACUGGAAUUUAUGGAGACUACUUAAAGAGGCUGCCACAAUGCAUAAACGCACGCCAUCACACCUUCGAGUGCAAUUAAUGCGAUAUAAAGCCGAUCUUGAAAAUAAGAAGAAAGAAUACAGAUUGUUACGUUAAUCCUUAUUUUUUUUAACUAAAGAAAGGUCAUAUCUUGAAUUUGUUGCUUGGGCUGCCCCUUUAAGUUAUUGUGCUUUUAAACCUUGACACACAGUUGUAAACACACAUUAUGAACACCGAUCAAUACGCGUACGACAACGAAUAUGGGCAAAUCACCGUACAUUAUAAUAAUAUUCAAUCCAUUGUAUGGUUACAAAUGCUCACUGUACAUGUACACGUGCAGUUCAUGUGCACGGCAUGUGGACGGUUUCCGCGCGGGCGCUGCAGUGUAAAAUGUUAAAUGUAAUUGUACUGUC